CCUCAUUGUCUCAAAUGGUAUUUCAGCUUGUCCUUUCCUUGCCUGACCAUUUCUGUGUUGGCCCUGAUGUGAUUGAAGUUCUGUGGAAGCUUCUCAUUAUAACUGCCUGCUUGGGAACCUGUGCCUUUCUCAUUUACCUGUGGAGAACCAUCCUCGCUGUAAAGCCUCGACAAUAUGAAGACCAAAUAAAGAGUAAUAUUAAUCAGGUGCAAAGGGAAAUCAAGGAAAUUGAAAAAACCAUAGCCAGUUGGGAGGAGAAGAUCAGCGAAGCAGGGAAAGAAGCGCAUAGGAAGAGACAGCCUAAGGUUUCCCUUGGCGAAAUAAAUAAAUGGAAAGUCCAAGAUGAAUUGGAUGAUGAAGUGCUGAGAGCCGUCACAUGCAAAAACCAAGAACUGAAAGUUCUCAGGUCAUGGCACAAACACACAAAAGGAAACUCAUCCUUUACAGAGAGCGAAAGGUUCCUGGAAGUCCGGUAUAAUGCCCUGAGUUCUCAGAAAACAGCUAAAGAAGCGGAAUUGAACCUGCUAAGGAAGAAAGUGGAUAUGAUGGUGGAGUUCAGUGAACAACAAAAACGGACUGCAGAAGAGAAGUUAGAAGAGACCAUUAAUGAAAUGAAUGCAACCAGGAAUGAGCUGUCAGCUGCCAAAGAAAAGCUGAAGGUGACUGAAGAUGAAAUGGAGAAGUAUAGACAACAAGUGGAAGACAUGCAGCACCAGCUGCCAGAGGCGGAGUUGACCUUCCAAAGCCAGAUCGCAGUCCAGGAGAGGAAUGCUGUGGCUAACUGGAUGAGGGCUCGGGAUUGGGAGAGGAGGAUAGUGCAGCAGAGCAGGGAGAACGCCUACCUGAAACACAGAUUGCGCAUGAUAGAUGGGGAGAUGCUGCCUGUGGGACCCACGCGUCGCGGACCGAUGCCGGGAAGGCCUGAGUUCCAGAAGCCUCUGUGGCAAGCACCUAGACCGGUUCCCGGGAUGAACAGCCGCACCGGCCCUCAAAAGGGCCCCGAGAUGCCUACGGUCGGUACAGGUGUGGGAGUGUUUCCUCAUUGCCCAGGUCCCCUCUGUAUGCCCUACCGCAUGGGGCAGAAUAUACCAGGCUUUCCUCCUCCUCCUCCAGCUCCACACUGGGGGACCACGGGCCUCGGCCCCAUCGCGUUCCUCCACCACACGGGCUUCCUUUCCGCUCAGAAGCCUGUGGAGCUCAAGGGGACAAUAGCAGCCCUGUGCCCAAGAAGGUCCCAGAGGAGAACCAAGAACCGCAUCGGGCGCACGGAGGUGGAGAAAGCCCUGAGCGAACAUCCGGCGUGGCAGGAUCAGCUGUGAGGAGCAGCCAGGACCUGAAUGGAAGGAGUUAAGGAGGACACAGAGGUCCUUGUGUCUGUUGUUGGCACUAAUGCAGGAGCUAGAGGUGUUAGAUGAGC